AUUGAUACUCCGCAAAUUUUGAUAUUAUAUGUUAGCCUCAUGUGUCCUAUUUGGGUAUCAUUUAAGAAUGUACCUCUCCCAAAAAAAAUUAAAAAUGCACCCUUUGAGCACUAUGUAGUAUUUUUUUAUAUAUAAUCCUACCUUUAAAAUUUUUUUAACAAUAAUUUUAUUAAUUAAAAUUCGAAUACAAAGUCUCAACAAGCUCCUAGAUUGCAGCGGCACCUCAACUUAGCGGAUCAACCCGAGGACACCAGUAGGCUCAAUCUGAUCCUUGUCCAAAAUGAUUACAAUACCAUAUUUCACUGCCUUGACGACCUUCUUCAGCUAUGUCCUCUUAUUCGCAUUUGGCCAAUUGCGCGACUUUUUCAGAAAAUUCAUUGAUUGGUAUGACUCCAAAAGUCUUCAGGGAUAUGCUCCAAUUUGCCUAGGACUUGAAGACUUCUACAUUCGCCGGUUGUAUCUCCGGAUACAGGAUUGUUUUGGGCGGCCAAUUUCAAGCCCCCCCGAUGCAUGGUUUGAUGUGGUGGAGCGCUUUUCCAAUGAUAAUAACAAAACUCUAAAGCGUACCUCAAAAAAGAUGAGAUGUAUUAACUUGGGAUCAUAUAACUAUCUUGGCUUUGCUGCAUCUGAUGAAUAUUGCACGCCAAGGGUGAUUGAGUCCUUGCAAAGGUUUUCCCCAAGCACUUGUAGUACUCGGGUUGAAGGAGGCACCUUGUCGAUACACACCGAAUUGGAGGAUUGUGUUGCUAAAUUUGUUGGAAAACCAGAUGCUAUAGUUUUUGGCAUGGGCUACGUGACAAAUUCAGCAAUUCUUCCUGUCUUGGUUGGAAAGGGCGGCUUGAUUAUCAGCGAUUCUCUCAACCACAACUCUAUUGUUAAUGGUGCGCGAGGCUCUGGAGCUUGUAUUCGUGUUUUCCAACAUAAUACACCUUCCCAUUUGGAGAGUGUUUUGAGAGAACAAAUUUCCGAAGGGCAACCCAGAACGCAUAGGCCGUGGAAGAAGAUCAUGGUUAUAGUGGAGGGCAUAUACAGCAUGGAGGGGGAACUAUGCAAGCUUGCUGAGAUUGUUGCGGUAUGCAAGAAAUACAAGGCAUAUGUUUAUUUGGAUGAAGCUCAUAGCAUUGGUGCAAUUGGCAAAACUGGAAGGGGUGUUUGUGAGCUCUUAGGAGUUGACACAGCAGAUGUGGACAUCAUGAUGGGAACUUUCACAAAAUCAUUUGGAUCUUGUGGUGGUUAUAUUGCGGGAUCCAAGGAACUGAUACAGUAUCUGAAGCACACAUGCCCUGCUCAUCUGUAUGCAACAUCUAUAUCGCCCCCUGCUGCCCAACAAAUCAUUUCAGCCAUAAAAGUAAUCCUUGGGGAGGAUGGCACUAGUAGAGGGGCUCAAAAACUAGCCCGCAUACGUGAGAACAGCAACUUUUUCCGGUCUGAACUGCAGAAAAUGGGAUUCGAGGUCCUAGGCGAUAAUGAUUCCCCUGUGAUGCCCAUAAUGCUCUACAAUCCAGCAAAAAUACCUGCAUUUUCCCGGGAAUGUCUCAAACAGAAUGUGGCUGUGGUUACAGUUGCUUUUCCAGCAACCCCUCUACUCUUGGCAAGAGCACGUAUUUGCAUUUCUGCUGCUCAUACAAGGGAAGAUCUUCUCAAGGCAUUGGAGGUUAUCGGUAGAGUUGGUGAUAUGGUGGGUAUUAAAUACUUCCCUGCUGCUGAUCCAAACAAGCAACCCACCAUAGAAAACCGAGUGAAGUUGGAAUAAUCAUGUUCAAUUUCCUUCCUUUAAACCAUAUAUCCGGAUGCAGAGAAUUGUCUCUCUACUCCUUAGCGUCGAGGUAAUAUCUUUGCGUGCAGGCUGCUCUCUCAGACCCUACUCCUAAGUGUCGGGCUUGUUUGGUUGUUCGCUAAUAUUUGGGUGCUGAAAAUAUUUUUUUUUAAAAAAAAAUGAGUCCUUAUGUGUUGAGUUCAAAUGCUUGCUUUAUGGUGUACAUAGCAUAAUUUGAGGAAUGUAUGUUUGUGCACUCCUAUUUAAAAAUAUUCUCUACAUUCUAGUAUUUUUUACCAUUUUCUUGGCCUAUUUCAUUGUUUGUGUCCCCUUUCUUUUUUAGUAUGACUGAAGUGUACAAUUACCCAUUUUACCCAUUUUUACUGGAUUG